CUUGAUUCUGCUGGCCACCAUUGACGACGUAAUACUCUCUCCGCCCCGUCACCACCCCCCUUGCGUGCCGGGCCUCUAUCGCAAUCGACCACAACCUCACUUGCUUCAGUAGCUGCUGCACACACCAAUCAAUCCGCCAACAUGGUCCAGAACAACGCCAUGGUGACGGCAUCCGUCGCAACCGUUGCCGCUGUUGUCGUCGGAUACGUCGUCUACUUCGACUACCAGCGACGCAACCAGGCCGAGUUCCGCCGCAACCUGAGGAGGAACGAGCGCAAGCAGGCGCGGGCUGAGAAGGAGGAGGCCGAGGCUUCGACCCAGCGACAACGCGGCUCGAUCCGGGCCAAGGUUGAGGAGGCCAAGGAGGAGGGCUUCCCCAGCGGCGUGGAGGAGCGUGAGGCCUUCUUCAACGAGCAGGUCAUGGCCGGCGAGGUUCUGAGCCAAGAUCCUUCCAAGGCUCUCGAGUCUGCUCUGGCCUUUUACAAGGGCCUCAAGGUCUACCCUGCACCCGGUGACCUUAUCCGCAUCUACGACAGCACCGUUCCCAAGCCUAUAUUAGACAUCCUCGCCGAGAUGAUCGCUUACGACUCAUCCCUCGAUAUUCGGGCACCCGCUGCCCCCGCUGGCAUCAACCUGGCCGACAUCCCCAACGUCGGUCUCGAUUAAAGGGAGACAACAAGUGUCUCUUAAAUUCUGGUUCUCCCCGCUCCUCGCACACCAGAUACGAAAAAAACAUCCAACCCCAAAACUGAACUAGAAGCUCGGAAAUCCCCGGGCCCUAAAAUCUGAUAUGGAGACCUGACGGCCUUCGAUGUACCAUAGUCUCGCUCUUCCAACUCCAUAGAGCUUUGUGUAAACAGGUGUACGUUGAACGAAUCCCGGAUGGACCUAGGAGCGGCAAUGCUGGCAGCGUUUCCGCAACACAUCAUG